UGUGCGCGCGUGCCUGAUAGAGGUGUAGCUGUACAGCUGCUGUGAACCUGUGGCUUUACUGCCUGCAAGUAACGUUGUUCCAAGCUUCUGCUAUGUUGGGUGUCUAUAGAAAAGUAUCCGUAAAUGAAGAAUUUGAUAACUCCGAAGGGGCACUUCCAUUCAGCCUGCAACACAUCGCUGAAAAAGAGCUUGGAGAAACUCCUUCAAGGAGGAAAGGUGCUCUACAGAGACUCGCGCAGCUUGUCUCAGAUGAACCGGAACUCAACUCUAGGAAAGACGAUGACUUCCUUCUCCGUUUUCUUCGCGUGAGAAAGUACAAUGUGGAUGCUGCCAUGCAGACCAUUCGGAAUUAUUACAAGAUUCGCACUGCUUGUGGCCCCGUCUACUGCGACUUUUUACCAUCAAAGGUACCUUCGGCAGGACGAGCAUUGUUCAUGGUGAUGCCAGAAAAAGACGUCCAUGGUCGCCCGAUUGUUUUCGUGAACAUAGGACAGUGGAUACCCUCCGAGCUGUCUGCCUCAGAAUUUCAGAAGGCCUGGACAAUCUGCAUGGAGCACCUGGCUUCUGACCCGGUGACCCAGGUUUUAGGAGUUGUGCUUCUGAUAGAUUACAACGGCUUUACCAUAGAAAAGCUGCUUAGCGUCAGCAUCGGCCUAGUGAAGAAAGCUUUGGAAUAUGUUCAGGACUGCAUGCCCAUGAGGCUGAAGGCGAUUCACAUACUGAACCAGUCGUAUGCAUUUGACGUGUUAUAUAUGAUAGUAAGACCCGUCAUAAAAUCCAAGCUUGCUGAGAGGUUUCAUCUCUACGGCGAGAACUAUGACAAACUGCACGAAGAAAUUUCGCCCAGCGUGCUGCCAAAAGAAUAUGGAGGUCAAGGACCACCACUCGAUUACGAGGCAUUUUGGAAGCGCGUAGACGCCGAAGAAGAGCUUUUCGCUGCUAACAAUCAGUACGGCUACACCAGACCGACAGGCGAGGACGAUUUCCCCACAGACGAAGAAGUAUUGGAGCAACUAACUUUUAUGUAAUUGGAAAAACUCAAUAAAACAACG